AUGGUUCUCGCGGUCGAUCUCCUCAACCCUACCCCCCAGGCCGAGGCCCGCAAGCACAAGCUGAAGACUCUUGUGCCUGCGCCCCGAUCCUUCUUCAUGGAUGUCAAGUGCCCCGGCUGCUUCGCGAUCACUACUGUCUUCUCACACGCCCAAACUGUCGUCAUCUGCGCUGGCUGCUCCACCGUCCUUUGCCAACCCACUGGAGGAAAGGCUAGAUUGACCGAGGGCUGCUCUUUCCGGAGAAAGUAA